AUGAUUUUGUCGCCGCGAAUAUCCGUUGCGGUUCUCUUGCUGGGGUCUUCGACCGUGCUAGCAAGCAGCGCUGGCUCAUUUACCCAGGCCGGUAAUACACUGGUCAGCGCACUGUUGAUGUUUUUGGGGAAUGAAGACACGGUCUACAUUAUCGACAAGGCUGAGGGGAACGCAGCUGCAGUUGCAGGUCAUCCGGCAUGGGGAUCGAAAUGGGAUAUAGCUUCGCAACAAGCAGAGGUGAUGGAUAUUCGAUCAAAUACGUUUUGUUCCUCUGGGAUGCAUUUGCCCAAUGGCUCCUUCAUCAACUUGGGUGGAAACGACGGUAUCACGAUAAACGGUGCACCUGGCUCAACAAAGAAUACGGACGGAACAGGUACAGGAUUCUGGGACGCAGUAUACCAAGAUUUUGACGGACGAAAAUCGAUUCGUAUUCUUAAUCCUUGCAGAUCUGGCGAUGAUUUUACCUCCCCACAAUGUAAAUGGUUCGAUGACUCGUCGGUUUUAGCAAUGAAGGCACCCAGGUGGUACGCAGCUCUUGAACCUUUAGGAGAUGGUACCAUUGUCAUUCUCGGCGGAUUCACUGCUGGUGGGUAUGUCAAUCGAGAAUUUCCAGUUAGGGAUCCCAUCACGCAAAACACGCAAGCGCAGAGUACCUACGAGUAUUAUCCUGCAAAAGAUGCCGAUCCACAAUUAGUUCAGUUUCUUGUCGAUGCAGGGGGGUUAAAUGCAUACGCACACAUGUUUUUGAUGCCCUCCGGAAAUAUCUUUGUCCAAGCUAAUCGUUCUUCCAUGAUUUGGGACCAUACAACAAACACUCAGACACCCCUACCAGAUAUGCCCAAUGGCGUUGUUCGGGUGUACCCUGCCUCUGGUGGUGCUGCAAUGCUCCCUUUGACUCCAGCCAACAACUAUAACCCAACCAUCAUCUUCUGUGGAGGCUCAACAAUGGCGGACGAUGAUUAUGGUAGCUAUAGUGGCCCUCGUGUUGAAACCUGGAAAAUACCUGCUUCAAAUGAUUGCCAACGUAUUACUCCAGAGCCACAGGACGGAUCAGCACCAGUCUAUGUAGCGGACGAUAACAUGCUCGAGACACGAACGAUGGGACAAUUUAUAAUUCUUCCGGAUGGAACUCUGUUGAUGAUUAAUGGGGGACUCAAUGGUACCGCUGGGUAUUUCAAUAUCACAACCGACCCCUUCAUUAAGGAGACGCCAUUUGGGGUUUCAUUAGCAUCUGGCCCUGUUUUCACGCCAGCCAUUUACAACCCAAACGCACCAGCCGGAAGCAGAUGGUCUAACAAAGGAUUAUCUCCUUCACCUAUACCACGGUUGUAUCAUUCCUCUGCUAUCCUUCUCCCAGACGCAUCCGUCCUGGUGGCCGGAUCCAAUCCCAAUCCCGAUGUAAAUCUAACAACUGUCUUCCCUACCGAAUAUCGCGCAGAGAUUUUCUUCCCUCCUUACUUCAGUGCCAGUGUUCGUCCUGUGCCCACAGGUAUCCCAAAGACACUGUCAUACGGUGGCAAUCCAUUCGACAUUACGAUCCCUUCGACCUCUUACUCGGGCUCAUCAAAUGAUGCUGCAGACAAUACCACAGUUGUCGUCAUCCGUGGUGGGUUUACUACGCACGGCAUGAAUAUGGGACAACGAUUUUUGCAGCUUAACAAUACAUACACUGUAAAUAAGGGCGGAUCUAUAACGCUCCAUGUGUCGCAGAUGCCGCCCAUUCCCAACAUCUUCCAGCCAGGACCCGCAUUUUUGUAUGUCACCAUCCACGGAAUACCAAGCAACGGUUCGUAUGUCAUUGUCGGCAGCGGAAACAUCGAGAAACAACCAACUUCACCAGUUGGCGCACUCCCAGCAAGCGUCCGCCUCGACUCGGCGACAGGGGGCGUGCACCCUGGGCAGAACGGUACAUCGAAUUUGGAUGGCGGCUCAGGCGGUGACGCGAAGAAGUCCCACAACCUCGGCUUCAUCAUAGGCGCUAUUGUCGUGGGAAUUGCUAUAGUUGCGGUGAUAGGCGUGCUCUUCGCCGUCUGGCGCAGACGCGCGUCGGCAUGCCUUGCACCGAGCAAGGCUUACCCGCUCUCUCCGACCGCCGGCGCUGGCUGGACAUCGCACAAAGGCGAGUCGGGCAUUUUUGUCCCGCUUGCGCAAGGCAAAUACAACGAUACAUCGGACCCUUGGGCAUCUUCGGCCAACUUGAAUGCACCGUAUAUGGAUGACAAUAGGGCGUCGUCGAUUGGGAGCAGGAGCCAGGUGUUCGGAGAAUACGAGAAAUACUCCGGCCACCCUGGGCAGACGCACGCGGUGCCCAAAUCACACAGCGGCUAUUGA